AUGUCACAGAAGAGCAGCUCUAAGCUGGACCGCGAGAUUCCCACGUACGCUCCGACUGUACCUUCAUCACUCGGCACGAACAUUUGGAUCGCCGAAGAGCACGGAGCGGCCGAGCGCACUGAGCACACCGUCAAAGUCGCUGUCACCAGCACUACGAACACGGAUGCUGCUGUCACUAGCUUCAUGAACGCGGACGCCGCUGUGCCGAUCACGGAUGAUGUUGGAUUAUUUACCACGCCGAGGACUACUGGACGUCGUAUCACGAGAAUUUUGGGCACGACAACCCGCUCGACUACAUGGAAGGUCGAGAAGAUGCCGCUGUCCGAGCCAGCUACAGAAAACGGUGCUCAUGAAGUGCACCAUCCCACACCAACUGCAACAGCCGAGUACCCCAAGCGACGUAGGGGAGACUCGCCCGGUGCGAAUGAACAGCCAGACAAUCAGGCUAACUUCGAAACUACGAUGCGCAGUCUUCACGCUCGUAUCAGAGCCUUGGAGCAGCAGCUCGAGCAGCAGCAAAUGAUAUGCGAUAAUCACACUCAACAUGUCGCUGAUAAGGUAGAAGCAUGCUUAAAGAAUGCCGAGAACGAACCGUCCGACACCCUUAACGACGUGGUCACGGAAAUGGACGCAUGCCAAGGCACAAACGCUGAGCUCACGAAGCGCAUAUGA